UCUCGUUCACCAUCAAAGACCAACAAGAAGCCUCAAGGUACACAUGUCAACCAAGUAAGAAGACUUGAAGACUCGAAGGCCUACAGUCGGUUCGACUGGAUCUGCCAGGAGCAUGUGUGAGAUGUAAGUAGACAACAACAAGGAAGAUGAAGCAGCCCAACCCCAUGGGGGGGAUGUGGGCAUGGUGGGAGCAGACGAGGACAUUCCAAAAGAAGCGGUCACGCCAGGUGCUGAAGCGGAAGAAAAGAACAGGGAUCAAAAUAGAUCUCCCCCGCCGGCGCAUACCAAUUACUGGCCAGAGGAAGACAGAGUUCGCGAUAUGCUGUCAAAAUGCUACGACGUGGGCAUCCUGCCAUCAGGGUGGGAUAUCGGGGAGAUAAGAGAAGAUGGGAACAAGGCACAAGUUAUCCUUAAUCCUUCAUUGGACAAAAUUAAAGUCAAAUGGCUGAAGGAAAAAACAGUGACCGUCAUCUUUCUGGAAGGUUCGAAGAACCUCCCGAAGAAGCUGAAGGAAGAGGUUAUCAGGGCAUUUGAAGAUAUCUGGUUGGGAGAGAAAAGGUUUGAUGAGGUAAUCAUGAGAGGGAGAGUUUGUAUAGAGUCAAGCAAUGUCCUAUCCUAUGUGGCGAAGGACAAAGCGGUGACAGAAUGGAUGUUUGAGGAGAAAGAGAUAAGGGUAGCAUUGAGGGGGAGGUGGUACUCGAUGGCAUUCAAACCAUGGAUGACCAAGGCAGAGAUUCAGGACGCAAGGCGGGAUGAAGACAGGCAAUAUUUUUGGAUUAGGGUGAUCGAUGUUCCGAUCGACACCUACUGCUACCUCGAGGCGGCAGCGGAAGGAGCUAUUGGUCCAGUACGGAAGGUCUACCCUCCAGAACAAGAUGCUCGUACUCCGAGGUUAAUUAACGUUCGUUUGGACAUAGCAAUUGAAGUGCUGUCCAGGCUGAAGGAAUCCUUCGAGUUCACAACGUUUCAAGGCCAAGUCAUCACGGUUCAGGUGGCACACGCUCGGUCUCCAUGGUGUAGCAAAUGCCGUAGAUUUUUCCACCUAGCCGAUCAAUGCCCUCGUAGACAACGCCGUCGAUCCCCUAGCCCGACACCAAAUGAUGCUAAUCCUCUGUUUCAGUCACCCAGGGUAGGAAGAGACAUUGAUGUGCUCCUGGACUUAGUCAUCGAACUGGACCUAGCGGAUGUGUUCCGUGUAGUGAACCCAGAGGAUGUGGGGUACACCUGGUUCCACCCAGGUAUUGGGUUUUACCUUUCUCCAAGCGUGGACUAUACCCCUGCCCAGAAUGGUGAGCGUAUUUUCCGGCUGAGAAACGAAUCAAGUGGCUGUAGCAAGAUGGGAAGUAGCGAUGAACUCUGGAGAGAAGAUGGCAGAGGGCUUACCUCGCCUUUGGAAGCAGCUGAAGCUAUUGCCAUCUCAGAGACACGCGGGAAUCCUAUGGCUCCUCUCUAUGUUGGUAACACCCUCCGCAGUUUGGCUGACCGGAAAAGGGAUGCAGGUUUGGCUGUCAUGCAGUAGAUGUGUGUGGCCGUUUGAAUCCACAAUCCACCUCUGGUGGGACUGUCCGGCCUCACGCAGAAUUUGGGAAUGGUGGGCUUCCCACUGGCGAGACUUUGCAGAAUGGGAUUGGGAUUGGGACAAGGAUUGGGCGCUUAUGGGCAUCAUUCCCCAGAAAGCGUUGAUUGCGGAAGGGUGUGGGUAUGUUGCUCAAGCCUGCAGAGCCAUCAUUAUUUCUGUGAUCUGGGAAAUCAGGAACAAAGCGUGUUUUAAGGG